GGAACACACACACACCCAAAAUCAGGGAGAGAGUGAAAGAUUGGACCGAGGGAGGAGAAAACAUAAAAGCCUUUACAUGUACGUGGUAAGGAGGGAUUAUUUUUGUCAUGAUCCUUUAUGACGCUGAUUGCGGAGAGCUUGACAGGUGAAGAGUAGGUGUCGAUUUUUGUGAACGGAUUUGUGAGUGAGGAUCAUGGGCAUGGCACGAAGGUGGUGGGCUUUACUCGCUGUUUUUUACCUGUGCAGCCUGCAAGCAUCUGGUCGGCACCAAAGGAGAGCUCUGUAUCCAGCGGCUCACUGGAUAAAGCGUGGGGCGUAUUCCCUGAUCAACCCCACAUUCCUGCAAUCAGAGGAUGAUUCUAAGCUCCUUUAUGAGAUUCUUCUUGCUGGAAUGCAGAUCCGGGGCGAGGAGCACAACCUGCUGAUCCCAGAUGAGGAGCUGGCCUCUCUAAGGAGUGUGAAAAAAUUGGAAGUUAUCUGUGAGGAUGUUCUGCCAAAGAAGCUCUCUGAUAUCCAGCGUCGGAUGGCGGAGUUGGCCGACCGGCGGCAACAUCUCAGCUGGCAGGACUUUGAGCGAACAGUGCUGACUUUAGUCUACACCUCCCAGAUACUGGCUCAAAUGAGCGACCAGAACCAGAAAGAGCUGUGGAUGGAGGCAAUGGUGCAACUGGUCCGUGCUCUUCAACGAGACCUCAAACCCUUCUGAGGAAAACUCAAAUCAUAGCAAAUUUAAAUCAAUAUUUUACUUGUUUAUAGCAUAUUAACAGCCUAUGCCCAGUUUUUACAGUUGCUAUGCUACAAAUGUGGCUUUACCAAAGUGCCAGUGCCGUCUUUUUU